UCAAAAGGUCAGAUUUCAUCUCUGAGGCUGUAUGUCAAUGCCAUUGCAAUCACUUCUCUUUCAAAGCUUUAGUCAGUGAUUACCUAGCUCUCCAUCUUCCCUGAAACCUGAUUUACCUGUGAAUUUGAUCACCAGACAGGGUAUAAUUUGCCCCUACCCAUCAGAAUUCGAAUCAGCACCCAGCUGCCGUCCUGCCCAGGGCCCAGUGUGGUAUGUCUUUAUGUGGAGCUUCUCUUCCUUCCAGAGUCCAUGUGUCCAUGGCGACCUCUGUGAGGAAAUCAGCAAAGGCUCAGCAUGGGACAGUUCCAAGAACUCAAGGGAUGCCAGGACAAGUCCAACACAAGAUGCAGGCUCAGGAUGUGAGCAGAGGCCAGGCUGGCUGAGCUGGGUCACAGUGACAAGUGGUGAACAAGAGGCUGCCACCUGCAGGUGGUGGCCAGCUUCAAGGAGGAGGAGACAGCAAUCUCCAGACUGUGCCAGCUUACGUCAGAAGAGGAAAGCAAUAACAAGCAGUAAAAGACCCUGGAUGUGAGGGAGGAAACUGGAAGAGGUACCCAAAGAAAUGGAUGCUAGAAGAAAACAAUGGAAGGAGAAUAUGUUUGCUCCUUUUUUUAGUGCAAAGGAUGUUCUAGAAGAGGCCUCCCAGCCUGAAUCCUCUUCUGAACAAAUAGCUAUAGACAAAAGCAGGAGAAUGGGAGAAAUUAAUCAUUUUUCCAGUAGAAAGUUUCAAGAAAAAAAUAAAUUUAAGAGGAAAGAAUAUAUUUCCCAACAAAAUGAAAGAGACUUAAAAGGGAGGAGGAUAAACCUGUCCAAGAAUGAAGCAGAUACAAAUUCUUCCUCCUGUGACUCAUUUACUUUGAAUGUUGGGUGUGAAGAAAACUUUAACAGAACCCAAGACCCCUCUAGCAGGUUCAAAAGGGAAUUACCCUCCUUCCCACAACGAGACCUGAGGAAAAAACUGACCAAAGAAAUGUCCCCCAAAAUUCGCCUCAACUUUUUGAAUGAAGAGCUGGAAGAACUCAAUAUGAAAUGUAGAAAAAUAGAAAAGGAAUUUGAAAAUGCUGAAAAAGAACUUUUGAACUCCAAAAAAGAGGUCUUGGCCACAUCCCAACAUUUUCAAGAAAUAGGGACAGACACUUUGAAGAAAGACCGGGAAGUUCAAUCUUUAAAACAUGACUUAUCUGAAAAAGCAGUAAAUGUUAAAAAUUUAACCGAAGAGCUCCUGCAAGCCAAAAAACUUAUCCACAAGUUGAGCUUAGAGAACAGAGAUUUAAAAGAAGCUGUCAGGAAACUCAAGCAUCAGACUGAACUAGGAAAUGCACACCUGAGAACAGACGUGAAAUCAUAUUACGAACUAGAAAUGGAAACGAUUCGCAAUGAGCUUGAUACCAUCAAGAAUGAGCUAAGAUCUGAGAAGAACCUGCAGGCGAGAAAUACCAGAGCCCUGGGGUUGCUUAGAAAAUACCUUGCUGCAGUGCGGAGGCCACCAGGUGCCUCUGAGUGCUUCCCUGGCUUCCCUCGGGGAUUUUUUUAAACUUAAAAAGCCUUUCAUCAGGCAAGUCACUGAGUCAAAUCAAUGUUUAUUAUUCUGUCUUUCUGUAGUACUCAACAUGUGUGCAAUAGAAUGGGAUUUUCACUUUUGGAGAAGCAGAAAAUCUAUAAAACAUACAUAGCUUACCUUCAAAGCAUCUGCUUUCUCUUUCUGAUGAAGUUCUUACAAGACUCCAAAGGGAAAUGAAGCCUCAGAAUCUUAUAUAUGCAUAAUAUAUAUAUUUAACUCAAAAAUACACAGUGAUUCACCAGAGCAUUUAUGAAAUACAAAUCAGUCAUUUUGUGACCUUGUAAGCAAUAUUCUCCCAUCUGUGCUCACUGCAGUUAAUAAUAAACAUCUUGGUUAUGUGUAUAAGCAUUUUUUUAAAAAAAGGAAAUGAGCUGAAUGCCAUAAGUAGCUAGAGUCAUCUGGCAUACGUUUAACCAUUAAACAACUUCUUCCUGGUAUCAAUCUAAGUGUCAGUUUCCUUCUGCGCAGUGUGUUGACCUUGUAACUUGACCUUGACCUUAUCUUUAUAGCCCUU